AUGAUCUCCACAAUCCUGGCCAGAGAGAGAGGUACCAUCCCAUCCAACAUUCUUGACCAGCCAGACAAGAGGGUGGUAUACUAUGAUGUCCCAAUCGCUCCACGUGUCCCACUCCACGUCGGCCAGGAAGUCCAAAUCCAUUCCCUCAUCCCAUGCAACUCCCUAUUCCCUGAAGACGACCAUCCCAUCCCCACCAGAUACACCGCCCACCCCACCGGAAUCUCAGGGACUGUGGUGGCAAUGAUCACAGCAGACAGCUCUAACACAGAGUUUGUCAUCCGCAACGAGUCGCCGUGGUCAGAAAUCACGCACGCCUACCUGGCCAUCCAGCACAUCCAGGGCGUAACAGUCCAGCUAUCCGCAUGGCAGAGACUCCUACGCGCCACGAUCUCCAGGCCGAUCCCCAAAAUCCGCGACAUCCCACUCGAGAACAACGCCGUAGUAUUCAGAAGCGACACACAGGCCCCGAAGAAAACGCAGCACGACGCGCACCGCCGACGCGAAACGAAGCACCGCACACCCGUGGACGCGACCCACGAGACGGCGGUGCAGCUCGGACGCAGGGGCGGGAGAGGAGCUGCCGCGGCCGCGGAGCGCACGGGCGAGAGCGGGCGAGGCGGAGAAACAGAGUAG